AUGUCGGCCUCGCCGCUCUCGCUGCUUCCAUCUACGGCAAACCUUGGAGACGGCGAGUGUCCAUGCUCAGCCGAAGGAGACUGUUCGUCCCAGUGCCCGUCACCCGAUCAGCCCCCAGAUGUGUCCAACCGAGUGCUGGGCGCGUGCAGUUGGCCGCGGUGCAUCGCCGCCGCGUCGACGUGCAUGCUGGCCGUGCAGUUCGCUCUGCUCGUCGCCUUCUUCCUCCUGCCCAGGAACAAAGCCCCGACGCCGUCGACCAACGAGCGCGCCCACCAGGUUCCAGAACUGCCAUCAGCCGGAAGAGAAGAACCGGCUCAGCUUGAAUUCGCUGCGCCAAAAUUAUUAGUUCUGCUCUGCAGGUACGUUCCCGAUCACCUGCUCCACUCGAACCGGAGCAGGGACGUGGACCCAAGCAAGGUGCCCAUCUUCUGCGUAUUCCGAAACUCCGCCUACAGGCAGUUCGAGAAGGUCCGCUACAGGCUCGGAACUGUCCCUCACUCGCUGUGCACGCACCUGCUGUACCACUCGGCCAAGUACUCGUCCGGGAGGAUCGUGAGCCGGGACAAGCUUUUCGACGAGAUCUACCAGGGUUUCACGAUAGCCGCCAACGUACGGCGAAUCUGGAGGCACCUCAGGGUGCUGCUGACGCUAUUCGUGAGCGAGCCAGAAACGGCCGACUUCUCGGAGAGCAUCCAGAGUGGUCGCGAUGUGAUCUUCUUCGGGGAGGCAGCGUACAGAUGGCUGACGAGCCACAAGUUCGACGGCCUCAACCUGGACUGGCCGUAUGCCGGAGGACCUUGCGGGUCCGCAUCCGACGUUAGUCGCUACGCGGCGCUCCUGAGGUCCCUGAAGACCCGCUUCGAGUCGCGUUUCAUGCUUACGGUCACCGUGCCCGGAGAACUCGAGGAUGUGAGCAGGGGACUGGACCUGCUCGCCGCUAGCGAGGUCGCCGACUUUCUGCUCCUGCGGUCCCAGAGGCGAAGGAACCUUGACCCUUUUCAGUACGACUGCCCCGGCCACGCGGUCGCCCCCGUCUUUUUCGCUCUCAAGGCUCUUGCUCCGAACGCCAAGAUAUGCAUCUCGAUUUCUUUCGAGGUGCGUGCUUUCAAGUCUGCCGCCAACCGCUCCGAGACCGACACGCGGAUGGAACCGGCUGAACCGACGGGGUACACUGGUACCGCGGGUCUUCGCGCCUUUUCGGAAGUGUGCAGCGCCUCCGACGUCAGCAUGGACCCCGUCAAGUACUGCACUCUGGCAUCGGCGUCCAGGACCGUCAAGCUGGCGUUGGAGACUCCUCGCUCCAUCAGGCAAAAGUUGACCGUGCUGUCGAAGCCCUGCGUCGUGCUCUGGGACAUGGAGUUUGACGACUUCGAAGGCCGCUGCUCUCCAGCGUCCCGUGACCCGUGGCCGCUCACGGCGGCGGCGUACAAUGCCUUGAACUGAUAGCUCCCUCAACCUCGGCUCCCUCAACCUCAGAAGCGACGCUGUACCCGACUGACUUGGCGGCCGCAUUGAUCUUAUUUACACAUAAUGUGUUUUGUCUAGAAAGCUCGCGCGCCGAGAGGACUGUGCGAGGGAUUUAUUCAAGUAGCUGUUAAUCCCUGUUCGAGCAGCGUGACCAUUGUAUUGCCUAGAUUGCUUGUCUGUUUCUGCCGCUCAAGUGCACCGGGGAGUUUUAUAAAACGCACUCGCACAAUCUUUAAUGAUGUAUACUAUACCCUAAAUAUUGUCCCAGGUGCUAAUAAUUAGCCCCUCGGACAAUAUUACGGUACUAUGUUUCAGAUGUCAAUGCGUAGCCUAUCGCAAGCCGGUUUGAAGCCUGGUAAAAGCUUUAUUAUGAAUGUUAGUUCAUUCCGUAUGUGUACAGUGUAUGUUGUGAAGGUGCGUGUGUUGUGCAUUCUUUUCUUAUCCUUUCAUCUUCUGUAUUUUUGUUGCUAAU